UGAUUACUAAUUACUUCUUCAUCUUCUUUUUUUUUGUUCUUCCUCCAUGGUUACGUCACUGCAUUCACCACCACCACCACCAACAACAACACUCCAAUUUGGACCCACCCGAAUCAAAUGAAACCCUACCGGAGAACUCAUCAAUUCACUCACGCUUUUCCCGUGAAGUCAUCAAAAAUUUUCUAUUUUUAGAAUCCCCAAAAGAUUUCUAAUUUGUUUCGUUUUCCACGCCUUUUCAAAAAUCCUUUGGAAACUGAGUGUAAGCAAUGUCUGUGAAUGGUGGUAGAGAGGAAUCAUCGGGAGAUUCUUAUAAUGGGCAGCUUUUGAGAGACAUUAAAGAGGUAAGUAAAGCUCUUUACUUGAACAACAGACCUGAAAGAUCGGUUCUUUCGUUGUCACCUCCUGUUCGAUCUAAAUCUGUUUCCAGAACUACAGAGAUUGGGUUAGUGUUGUCUAAUAAAAAGAAGAAAUCUUUGGUGCCAUGGGAUUGGAAGAGACCUUUGAAAGCUAUAGCUCAUUUUGGGCAGCGUAGGUUUGAUGUUUGUUUUCUUCUACAUGUUCAUUCCAUUGAAGGGUUGCCUUUGAAUAUGGAUGGUACUAAGUUAGUUGUGCAGUGGAAGAGGAAAGAUGAGGUUAUGUCUACUCAGCCUUGCAAUGUUUUGCAAGGAAAUGCUGAGUUUGAAGAGACUUUGAUGCAUAGAUGCUCAGUAUACGGUAGCAAACAUGGGCCUCAUCGUUCUGCUAAGUAUCAAGUGAAGCUUUUCUUGGUUUAUGUCUCUCCUGUUGAUGCUCCCUGGCUUGUUCUAGGGAAGCAUUGGGUUGAUCUCACCAGGAUAUUACCGUUGUCUCUAGAGGAACUUGAAGAUACAAGAAGCUCGAGAAAGUGGAAUACGAGCUUCAAGCUAUCAGGUCUGGCAAAGUCUGCAGUGUUGAAUCUAAGUUUUGAUUACUCAGUUGUCACUAGUUCAGUAUGUGAUUCAACUAGUGGAAAUGUGAUGCUGAAGCGGGUUGGUAGUGUUCCAAGUGUGGACCAUAGAUCUUCGUUGCUUGAUGAUGGAAAGGUCUUCAAUCAAGUCUCACCAAGUCCGAGUCUGGAUCUUUCCAAGUCAAUCGAUUUUCUCUACGAAAAAUUUAGCGAACAAAAUUCACAAAGAUCAACAGGAAUUGAGAUCCAGUAUGAACACAAGGGGGAAACUAAAGUGGGCCUUGGUUUGGAGACUGAUGAUAAGCAAGCAGAUGACUCUGGCGACACCGAAUUUGUUUUCACCGAAAAAGGAGUAGAGAUGUUUCAGAAAGAAAGAUCCAUUUUGGAAGAGAACACUGAUCCAAAUGCGGAGUCUUCGAGAAUUGAAAUUAUUGAUGUCCAUGAGAUACUUAAAGAGGAAGAUGAAUUACUUUUUGAGGAAUCCCAUUUUAUUGAUCAGUUAUCAGUGGCCGAACCAAAAAAUGGACCAAGUAAUAUAUUACCGAACCAUUCAGUUGAUGGAGCAUCCAAGUCAGCUUUCAGUAGCAAGGUACUUUCUGAGUCAUCCGAGAUUAAAUCUUCAUUGACCAUGGAAGAUUCUACUGAGAAUAAUAUUUUUUUGGAAGUUAAAUCUAGUUACAAAGCUGCAAAAAUAUCAACGAAGUCACUUAGCUUGGAUGACAUUACGGAGUCUGUAGCUAAUGAUUUUCUAAAAAUGCUUGAACUUGAGGAAUGUUCUUAUGUUUAUACAUCAGAUGGUGAACCUACAUCUCCUCGCGGAUCUCUGCUUCGAGAGUUUGAAAAGGAAGCUUUGGCUUCUGGAAACUUUCUCUUAGAUAUAGAUGGAGACGCAGAAUAUGUGUCUGAUAUUGAUGAGGAAUCGAAUGAUUUUUCAUUCUCUGCAAGUUCUUUGGGUGUUGGGGAAAACAAGCGUGAGCGAAAAUCUCAGCUGUUAAUAGACACAAGUAAGGCCAAGGUACUUGAAGACUUGGAAACUGAAACUUUAUUACGAGACUGGGAUUUAGAUGAUGACAGUUUUGGGAACUCUUUAUCUGUUUGCUCUGAUGGAUUCGGGAGUCCAAUAGAGCUUCCGGAUGAGGAGGGGGUAGAUUUGCUGCCAUUUGGAGAUUAUAUUAGUCGUUCUGCUUGGAAAAAAGGGGGAGGUUAUAUCCGGUCCAUAAAUCCUUUACUGUUUAGAAAGUGUAAGGAUGCAUCACAUGAUUCACAUCUGAUCAUGCAAGUUUCAAUCCCGCUGGUAUUAGUAUCAGUAUUAGGUUCUGAUAUCCUUGAAAUACUCCAAAGUCUGGCAGCUUCUGGAAUUGAAGGACUUUGUUCUGAAGUUAAUGCAUUAAUGCCUUUGGAAGAUAUCAUGGGGAAGAUGAUACAUGAAGUUGUCGAUGAUGCAAGAUUUGAGAGAAUUGGACAUGAUUGGUCUGACAAUAGUAAAGGUGUCGUGGUUCAAAAACCAACAGGACAGCUGGAUUUAUUUCCUUCAAACGAAGAAUUUGGAGGCUUUGGAUCCAAUAUGUGUCCAAGUUACGUACCACUUGAACAUAUCGCUUCCUUAGCUAUUGAUGAGAUAUACCUUCUUGCUGUAGAAGGAUUAAAGAUUCAAUGCAGCAUGUCAGACCAAGAUCCACCGUCAGGCAUUUCACCAAAACCCAUGGAUCAGUCUGAUGCUCUAGAGUUGAUGAGUUUUUCCUUACCGCUGGAUGAGUGGUUAAGGCUUGACCAUGGAAUGCCAGACAACAAAGAUCAAACCAGCAAGCAAAUGGGAAAUAAAAUAUUAGUGCACCAUGCCUAUCAAGAUCAAGCUUCAAGUGGAAAGGGUCAUAUGUUAAGGAGCGAGUUGACACUUGCUCUUCAAGUGUUACUUAGAGAUCCAUUCCGAACUAAUGAACCUGUUGGUGCAUCUAUGCUUGCUCUGAUUCAAGUUGAAAGGUCUUUGGAUUCCUCAUAUCCAUCUGUGUGUAGUUUGGCUCAAGAAGUAGGAAAGAAGGGGUCUCCUGGAUACGAUUCACAGUUGUGGAGAAUCACUAGCAUUGGUCUUGCGGGUUUGAAAACUGAGCAUGGAGUAGACCAUCCGUGGUGUACGAAAACACAGCAACAGUCUGGAUACCGCUGGUUAAUUGCAAGUGGUACUGAUAAAACCAUCAAGUGUCAAGCUUCAGAGUCAAAGGCGAUUAUCGUAUCAAACGCACAAGCAACCAGAUAUAGCUUGGACUCAUUGUGGAGUAUAACAUCUGAUGGGCACCAUCAAGAAGGUGAUUCGAGUAGCUCUGAUACCUCUGUUUCUUUUACAAGAAACUUGGACGUGAUUUUUUCAAAAGAACUAACAGAAAGAUCGUGAGAGGUACAUUUCCGUCGGCGUAUAUUAUCAUACUUCUCUGUUUCCACUUUCUGCUUAAGAGCUAGUCAUUUUGAUGUGAAAGCAGUCUUGUUCAUGAUGGAAAAUAUGCCAUCUGCUCUUUUUCUAGUUUAUAAAAAAAAAAAGUAGAUUCAGAUGUUAUCAGUUUUAUCAAUGUGUAUGAGAAAUGAUUUUUUGGUAAAUAUACUCCAUAUGCGAAUUCAAGGUCUUCAUCUUUCAUCUA